AUGGGGCUUUGCUUAUAUCAAGUGAUUUCCGAAGAGCCUAAUGGCGAUCGGAAAAAAAGGCGUAGGAUUUCUACAGAGAGUUAUCGCUUUGUCAAUGAUCGCCACAUAGAAGAAAGACAAAACAUUAACGAGGCAGAAGAAGAACAACAUGAGGAGAUGUCAUCUGCAGCACGUUUACCGAUUAUACCAUUACCAUCGGAAGCUCUAUCCUCUCAGGAUGAAUAUCGCCUACUUAGACAGAGGCUUCGACUACUUACUAGGCGAGAGCAACAACAAGAGAACCCGACUGCAGGGUCCAGUCAGCAAGUAGAGCCAGCAAGAAGUCGGCCAAUGAGAAGAUGGAGACAUGAGAGAACGUUAGAUGAUGUUCUAGAGAGUGUCCAUAAUGGUAUUGAAGAUGAUGAACUGCGGCAUAAUAGAGCAUCAGGAAGACUAAUGAGGAUUCCAUCGAUCCCUACAGUUUCUGCCAGUAGAUCGAGGCUGAGGAGGGAAUUUCUUCGUAAUCGCAGAAGACCGAUGAGAAAUGCAAACUCUCAGUUUAUUCUUCAUGAUAUCGGAGGAAUAGAAGAACCAGACAUUGCGAGAGUGCAUACUGAUAGUACUGAUACACUUUCUGUGUUUUCACCAAUGAAUAAUAUGGAAGACGAUAGUGAUGGAAGUGAAGAUGACGAUGGAGAUUUACCGAGGUGGGAAGAUCCACCCUAUGCGGAAACGUUUUCUGAGCGAAUACAUAGACGGUGGUUAAUUAUUCAGAAUAUUCGUCGAGAGAUUAGAGAGACGAGGAGGAGUACUGGAUCAGAAGAAGGCGGUGGUGGAAGAGAAUCUAGCAAUGACUAUAGAGAUGCCAUUAAUGACAUUCCGGAUCAUGAGGUGUUUCUUCGAUUAUAUGGCAGCAUAAACAACAAAUAUGAUUAUUGGAAGCCCAGAGAGUAUAAGGAUGUGGGUAAAGUUGGAGAAGACUGUUUUAGGAUGAGUAGAAGCACAAGAAAUAAGCUUCUAGAGGCAUCCACGGAGAAAUUUGGGAGACCACUGCCAACGGGCGUGAUAUUUACACAAGAAGAUGAUGAAAGCACUUGA